GGAAGGGUCCGUGCUCGAGACGGCCAGCGGGCUGGGUUGGAACACUUCCUGUCCGCCGCGAUGAUAACAGCCAGCUGGCCACGCAAUGCAGAGGAAGACGCGGCUGAUAGAUUAUUUCUCGAGACGCCGCUUAUACAAGGGCACACACAGACAGACAGAGUGCGGACGGACAGGCUGUCGGGCUUUCUCAUUCUCGCUGCCGAAGUCCGGCCUCCGGGAAGACGGCCGGCCCCCGGCGGACCCCCGCUCCCUGCCGUCGCCCUACAGAGGUGACCGCCGCCCACCCCACGCACCGGCCUUCAAGGGGUCCCGGAAAGAGUCCAGAAGGACCCACGAAGUCGCCUGACCAGUCCAGCUGUGGGGCAGCAGCAUGGCAGUCCUGUUAGCUUUCAUAAGCCUCCUCCUGGUGCCUCUGAACCCAGCAUGCUUCACAGACCCAGCACAGGAGAAGGUGUCUCCUAUUAUAAACCUGAAGCUAGAUUCAAGGAAAAAAAUGUUAACCUGGAAUUCCAGGAGAAACGUGACUUGGCAAGAAUGUACAAUAGACGCCCCCCUUGAUCCUCCCAUCAGCCAAACCCCACAGGUAGCCGAGGAUGGCACGUACUUCUGCACGUUUUCAAACUCUGUGCUGCACCGGGGGGCCACCCUGACCGUGAAUGUCACCUCCGAGGGCCACGAGUUCCAGGCCACCCUGACCUUCUGUAACUCAGGCAGGGAAGGGUCCGGUGCCGUGAACUUCUCCUGCCUCAUCUACAAUGUGCACUUCCUGAACUGCAGCUGGGCACAGGGCCCGGCCGCCCCUGCAGACGUGCGGUAUCACCUCUACACGUGGGCCUCCCUGCACGGGAAUGUGUCCGAGUGUGCCCAGUACGUCCUUGACCCAACGGGGACACGGGUGGGCUGCCAUUUUGAUCAGCUCGGUGAACCCCAGACGACGGACAAUUACUUCUUCCUGGUGAACGGAACCAGCAAUGAAACGGACAUCCAGUUUUUGGACUUCACUCCCUUUGUAGCCACUGAAAUUGAGAAGUACAACCCGCCAGCAAACCUCACGGCUCGUAACAACGGGUCCUAUUACGUGAUCCAGUGGGACAACCCCGUCACCAGAUUCAACAUUUCGAGUCACGUCUUGUACUAUGAGCUGGACAUCCAGAGGAAGGGCAGCUUCUCCAAGACAGACCCCGUUUUCCAAAGAGGAGAAAAUAGGAAUGAGUACCUGAUGCCGAGUUCCGCCGUGACGGGCGUGCACACCGUCCGGGUCAGAGUGAGGCACGUGUACGGGGACACCUGGAGUGAGUGGGGCCCCGCGCAGCCCUUCGGUUUCCCAGAGAAGAAUUUCACUGGAUUCCUUGUGGUCCUGAUCGGGCUGGUGGUGGGGGCAGCGGCUUUAUCCAGCAUAGGCCUGAUGUUCCUCUGUAAGAGGUUCUCCCUGAAGCAAAAGCUGUUCCCUCCCAUCCCGCAGGUGAAACGGGAACUGGCUGGCUCGUUUACGCCCACCCGGGAGAUGGCCUGGGACGGGGACAACCCCUCAGCGGGCUCGCAGGAACCCGAGGACUUCCUCACGGUGGAGGAAAUGAAGUUGUUUGCGGGCAGAGAAGCGGAGGUGGUGGGUCCAGCCCCAGCCCUGAACCCUUAUGAAAACAUCACUGCUGUGCGUGGUCGGCCGGGGCAGUAACGUCCCCGGCCGCGCCUUUCUGCUCUCCAUCCCACCCUGGCGCUGCCCCCUGUCCGGUGCGCCCAGCCCGCCGGCCGCCGGCCCCCGCGCGUUCCCGCCGCCGAGCCGCCUGCAGGAGGGACCCGGCCGGCUGCGCUGACGGAGGAGGGUGCGGGCAGAAGUCGGCGCGCGCUGCGGCCCGGGCUGUCCGCGCGGAGAUGCGCCGGGCAGGUUUGCCUCCGAAGGGCGCCGGCCACGCGGAGGACCAGCCCCUGCGGAGAGUUUCGGGGGAAAUGAGGAAGCUCUUUCCUGACGGAAAUGCCUCUGCGCUAUGCAGUGCCCAUCCGCCCGGGUUACUUCUGUGGUUUUGUUUUGCUUUUUUGUUUUUCUUCCACCAUACUUUUUUUUUUAAUUCCCGUAUACUUGCUAUGCAAUAUUAGAAGUUCCAUGUGUUCAGUGCAGUGAUUCACAAUUUCCAAAGGUUCUACUCCACGCAUAGCGAUUAUAAAAUCCUGGCUCGCGGUGGGGAGGACGUAGCUCAGUGGUGGAAUGCACGCCUAGCAUGCACGAGGUCCUGGGUUCAAUCCCCUGUACCUCCAUUAAAAUAAAUAAACCUAAUUAUCA